UCUCCCCCGCUCUCUCUCUCCCACACUCCGAAGCCCCACUGUCUCUAUCUCUCUCUAUCUCUACCCCCUGUGACCCGUGGAAGCCAUUAAUGCCGCUUACUACCUUCAAAGCUAGCAACCUUACCGGUAUCCAUACCAGAGCCGUACUGAGUUAAUCCUGCCAACGUAAAACCCUUUCGGAUCUCUUCACUUGUCUAAUCUUCUCCGCCAUUGCCUUCCUCUUCACGAGCUAAGUACAGAGUAGUAGAGAUGGAAGGCAGGAUGAGAAAGUAUGGAGGCCAAGGGAGCUCUCCUCCUCCAGCCCUAAAACAGCAGAAACAGGGGAGAAAGAUACCCGUCGUUUAUUAUCUCUGCAGAAAUCGACAGCUCGAACACCCUCAUUUCAUCGAAGUUCCUCUUUCUUCUCCGGAUGGGCUUUACCUCAGAGAUGUUAUAAGUCGGCUUAAUGUGCUCAGAGGGAAGGGAAUGGCCGCCAUGUAUUCCUGGUCUUGUAAGAGGAGUUAUAAAAAUGGGUUUGUGUGGCAUGAUCUCUCUGAGGAUGAUUUAAUCCUCCCUACCAAUGGCACUGAGUUUGUGCUCAAGGGUUCUGAGCUUCUGGAUCAACUCCCCUCUGAUAAGACAAUUCAUGGUGGAGCCAUGGGAAAGCAACAAAAUUUGAAGCUUUCUCAAUCUGAAAAUCCAACCCCCACUUCUUCAAGAACUAAUGAGAGUUCAUCUUCAUCCUCUCCAACUGCCUUCAAGGACUCAAAAACUCCAUCACCUCCAUCACCAUCCCCACCGCCACCUUCUCCUCCUCAAAGACUAGAAAAAGAGCAAUGCCCUUCCGUAAAUCGCCUGGCUUCGCCCACCAAUACCUCUGCUAAGACGGUUUCCCCCAGUUUAUCAGAGUACAGACUGUGUAAGCCGAGUAAUGCUGCUGAUGCUUCAACCCAGACUGAAGAUGGAGGAAGAAGAACUCAAGUGGGAAGAAAGAACACUCGCACUAGAGGGGUUUCUACUGAUCAAAACUCUAUAGAUUUUGAGUAUGAACAAAACCAAUCAAAUCGAGCCAUAGGAUCCAACAAUGGCUCUGACUUAUGUAGGGAUGAGGUUUCUCCACCACCAACCUCUUCAAGUGCUUCUUCCUCUGGUAGAAAGAUGGAAACUUUGGAGUCUUUAAUUAGAGCAGAUUGCAGUAAGGUAAACAGCUUCCGGAUACUCGAGGAGGAGGAGAUUCUUAUUCCAACGGGGCCAAGAUUGAAGGCGACUAAUGUGUUUAUGCAGCUUGUAACUUGUGGUUCUAUUUCUGUGAAGGAUCACCAUAGCUUUGGCCUUGUUCCGACCUAUAAGCCUAAGUUCUCUCACAUGAAAUUUCCGUCAUCGGUGUUAGCCAACUCUGUGUUUAUCGGCGAGCUUGAUUACUUGUCUGAGAAUCCGAGUUUUGUUGGGUUAAGAGUGGAAGAUAAGGAGUUUUUCAGUGGGAGCUUGCUUGAAACUAAAAGGCAGAAGGAAGAUGUAAGAGAAGGUUUGGCUACUCUUAAGAGGUCCUCUUCCUUCAAUGCUGACAGAACUGCCAAAUCGCCAUAUUCUACGAAAGAAAAAGAAAGAUUUUUCGAUUCUAAAUGCCUUCCUCGGCCCGUCAAGCUCACGUCGAACAAGCCAUCGAGGAACGAGUCAAUGAGAUCAGCAAUCGCAGACUGCCCGAGAAACUCUUCAGUUGGUCAAGAGUGUAGCCAAUCCUCCAUUGAUGCAAACAAGAGAAUUACUGAAAUUCCUUCAAUCAAGGAAGAUGGUGAGAAGACAAUCAAGAUUGAGGAAAGGCUUAUUUCUGGGGCUAGGGUUAUAAUACAAUCAAGAGCUCUGUAUGAUGGCAGUGAUGGCAGCUCAAGUUCUUAGAACAGAAGA